CCCGCACCCCGCACCCCGCGCGGGCGCGCACCCCGCGCACGUCCGCCCGCCGCUUCAUUCACAAAGUCCAAGCACGCAGCCCCGCUCGCCGCCGCCCGCCCCGCCGCGACCCCCCGCCCUGGCGCACUGACCCCCGCACGGCGCGCGGCCUCCGAGACCCCCGCAGACCCCGGGAGCCGGGAGGCGAAGGCGCGGGCGGGUCGGGAGCGCUGGGCGGGCGGGGGCGGGCGGAGGCGGAGGCUGGGCGGGGAGGAGGGGGAGGAGGGGAGGAGACGGGGUGCCGGCGGCCGAGUGGGGUUCGCCCUGGGAACUGCGAGAGCCGGCGGCGCCCGGGACGCAUGCGCACCGCCGCGGGAGCCCAGCGGGCCGGAGCUGCGCCCCCCGCGCCGCGCGCCCCCCCGCCGGCGGGACCCGAACUCGCCGAGGCCGGGAAGCAGCAGAUGUCCACAGCGCCGGACACGGCCGACCCCAGCCCCGGGCAGCAAGCGGUGGGCGGCCGGGGCUCCAACGCCUGCUGCUUCUGCUGGUGCUGCUGCUGCAGCUGCUCCUGCCUCACCGUGAGGAGCCAGGCUGAGCAGCCCCCCGGGAGGGCCUCGCAGGAGCUCGGCGCCGAGGAGCCCCCGGCCUGCGAGGACAGCCCGAGCCCCACCCUGGAGGAGGUGCGCGCGUGGGGCCAGUCGUUCGAGCAGCUGAUGCUCACACCGGCCGGCCGCAAUGCGUUCCGGGAGUUCCUGCGCACGGAGUUCAGCGAGGAGAACAUGCUCUUCUGGAUGGCGUGCGAGGAGCUGAAGCAGGAGGCCAGCCGCAGCGCCGUCGAGGAGAAGGCCAGGGCCAUCUACGAGGACUACAUCUCCAUCCUCUCGCCCAAGGAGGUCAGCCUGGACUCACGUGUGCGGGAGCUCAUCAACAGGGACAUGGAGGCGCCGUCCCGGCACGUGUUUGACGACGCCCAGCUGCAGAUCUACACGCUGAUGCACCGGGACUCGUACCCGCGCUUCAUGAGCUCGGCGCUGUACCGGGACCUGCUGCAGUCCCUGGCGGACAAGGCCGUGGAGGCCUGAGGGCCCGCGGGCGCGCUUGGGUGAGGCAAGGCCCGCGCCGCGCCCCGGGGAGCCAGGCACGUUUCUAACGGGCGCAAGGGGAAAUGCCGGGCAGCAGCGGGGGCAGGGCGAGGCCCCCAAUGGGGCUCUCAGAGCGGCGGUUCCCGAGGGCAGCCCCGGGGGGGGUGGUCAGGCCACACUGCCCAGGCCACGUCUGGCUGCAGGGGCUCCCGGGGCCCCUUGGUUUGGGCCCACUCGGUGUCCGGCCAUGGGCCUCCUGCACACGGGAGGCACCUCACCUCCGUCCAGGGCCUCUCGCGGCCUCUGCCCUGUGUGCUGGGCGGCCCCCCGGGGAAACGGCCUUCCCUUCGCCCUGGAGUACGGUGUGCAGGCGCGUGGUGGGGGCCUGCCGCGGGGAGCUCAGCCAGGCCCGUCCUGCUCCGGGUGGAAGUUUGGCAGGAGAAGCAGGACUCAGAGAUGCUUCUGUUGAGGGGCCGGGGCGACAGUGGCCGGGCAGGGGGCCGAGCCAGGCGCCAGCCCGGCACCCGUGGGGGCUCCUUUGGCCCCCCUCCCCGGAGCCAGCCCCCGGCAGCUCGGGGUUAGCAAGAGCAGAAAGUUCUCUUGCUGGAAGCUCCCGUUUUACUUUCCUGACCCGCCUAAAGACUGAGAUUCUGCGUCGCCUCACGGUUGUUUUUAAGCAUGCAGAUAAGCUUGUUUCCGUUUUUCUUCCUGAAAAAAGUCACGGCAUUUUCACGCUAAAAAAGACACAUAACGCACAAGGGCUUUAUCUUUAUUUUUCUUUAAGGAGGGUCACCUUUAACUACGUAGAGUAACGUGACAGAGCGAGAGGGGACUGAUAGGAACCCACCCCAGCUCCCGGCCUCGCGCCCAGAGCCCUGAUGCCCGUCACAGCAGAGAGGGGAGGCUCUCAGCUUCGGGGGGAGGUGCCCACGGCAGGGCCUGCCCCGGCCCGGGUGGUGCCGUCCAGGGCGGGAGACACGCCCUCGGGCUGGCAGGGACCGUCCCUCCUGCCCGGGGCCGAGGACGCGGGAAACGUCCGCUCGGGGACUAAGGACGCAGGCGGGACAUGCCCGUGCCAGCCGGGCAGGCGGCUCACAGGGCGCAGGGCCACGACGGGCCCGGGUGAGGGAGCUCUUGGACCCGGCCCUGCGCUCCGUGGGCGUGGCCUGCUCACAUGCCGCCUCCUCGCCCAGACGCCCAGGGCACCUCGGCUCCCGCACCCGGGGUCCGCGAGGCCCGUCUGGGCUCCCCUCUCUCUGCGCCUCCCUGUCACGCCCGCGCAGGGGGGCGCACGCCGAAUCCACAGCAACACACAUGCAGCACUGCCGUGCGAGAACGGCACACAAGGGCCAGGCCUCACACACACACACACACACACACACACACACACACACACACACACACACAACCACCCAGCCCAGCGCGCGCACACACACACACACACACACACACACAUACACACCACCCAGAGCACAUACACACCACCGAGCCCAGCGCGCGCACACACACACACACACACACACAUACACACCACCCAGAGCACAUACACACACACACACACACCAUCCAGCCCAGCGCGCGCGCACACACACACAUACACACCACCCAGAGCACAUACACACACACACACCACCCAAGCACAUACACACACACACCCCACCCAGCACAGCGCAUACACACACACACACACACACACACACACACACACACACACACCCUGCCUAGUGCACAUACAUACCACCCAGCAUACACACACACACACACACACACACACACACACCACCCACCGCACACAUACACAUACACACACACACACAAAUUACACUGAGCAUCUACUACAUGCUGUUGCACUGAGCACCUACUACAUACUCGUGCUACUGCCGGCUCAGUGUUGGGUCGCGAAGGUCUGGGCGUCAGCUCGCCUUCUCUGUGCUUCCUAAGCCUUCCCUUCUGGUGACCUACCAAUAAACUCGGCUGCCGGA